UAAAUUAAAAUUGAUUUUCUAAUGAAUGAGCUUGAAGAGUCUCCAGUUCAGAAAGAAAAUAUGAAUUUAAGAGCAAAAAAAGAUGCUUUGUGUAGUGAAAAUGAUAAUGAUAAUAAAAAAUGUAGCAUAGACUGUCCUAUGUCAGAUGUCACACAUAAUAGUCUCGAGGAAGAACUUCUAAAUCAUGUGGCUAACAGCAAAGCAAUUUUCAAGAGCCAACAGAAGGAAGAACCUGAGUUGACAUUUAAGGAGAAGCGUGCCAUAGCUGAAAAAUUGUUAGAAAAGAGCCGGUGUUUAUUCUUAUCUAAAUUUGGACAUUAUUUGAAAAUGGAACACUUGGAAUAUUUUAAUAAAAGUGAAGAUUAUGAGACAGCCUAUCACAUAAACAGAUUAAGGAGAUAUUUCAAUAAUUCCACACGACAUAUUGAUGUCAGAAAUAGAAGAUAUGAAGCUCUGAAGACAUUGAUAGAAAAGGGAGAAUAUUUUAGUGAAUGUGAAAUGAUGAAAAGAAAUCCAUUGUUAUAUGAACAUCUAGUAGGACAAUACUUGACAGAAGAAGAAAAGAAAGCUAGAGAUAGCAUCGAUACUCGUAGUGUUAAUUAUGUGGAUGUACUUCUGGAAACUAUAGAAAGGCAUAAAUUAGAAAAACAUUUAAAGUUACAACAAAAAGAAGAAGAUGAAGUACGAGAAGAGAAUGAUUCAGAUGAUGAUGAUGAUGAUGAUGACGACGACAACGACGUCGAUGAUGACAAUAGCAGAGAAAGUAUUAUAUCCAAGAACUCUAACAAACAGACUCAUUUCCAAUGGGGUGAAGAUAUAAAUAAAGUAACAGUAAAAAAUAAAUCGGAUAGAGAUAAGAAACAGAAUAAAAUAUUAAACCAAGAAAUACAAUUAUUUAGACAAGAAUUUGUUACAAACAUGUAUCAAAGUUUCCUGGAUGGUAAAGACAGAGAUUUUGAUUAUAGUGCUGUUGAUGACAAUGAAGCUUACGAUAAUGUAGAAUUGAGAAAUCAAGAUGAGGAAGAAAAAUAUUUUGAUUCUGAAGCUCCUGAAACUGUUCUUCCACAUAAUGAGUGUAAUGACCAAAGCGAAUCUGAAGAUGAGUUGGAUGCAUAUAUGAGAACACUAAAGCCAAUGACACCUGCCAUAACGGGAAUGGAAGAACAAGAAAAGCUGUUGGAAGACGCAAUUGGCGUGGUAAAAGUCCAAGCUUUUCAGAUGAAACAUUGUCUAGACAAGUCUAAAUUGAUGGAUGCGCUGAAACAUGCUUCAACCAUGUUGGGGGAACUAAGAACUUCCCUUCUGAGUCCAAAAAGCUACUAUGAAUUAUAUAUGGCAAUCACAGAUGAACUACGACAUUUAGAAUUGUAUUUACUGGAUGAAUUUCAGAAAGGAAGAAAAGUUACAGAUCUUUAUGAAUUAGUGCAGUAUGUUGGCAAUAUUGUGCCUAGACUCUAUCUACUCAUUACUGUUGGUUUGGUUUACAUAAAAACAACUCCUGGCUUAAAAAGAGAUCUUUUAAGAGAUCUCGUGGAAAUGUGCAGAGGCGUGCAGCAUCCAUUACGUGGUUUAUUUUUAAGAAAUUAUUUACUGCAAUGCACAAGGAAUAUUCUGCCAGAUGUUACAGAGGGUGAUGAUGAAGAUGGGACCGUUCGUGACAGCAUAGACUUUGUCUUGAUGAAUUUUGCGGAAAUGAAUAAAUUAUGGGUACGCAUGCAACAUCAGGGUCACAGUAGAGAUAAAGAAAGAAGGGAGAGAGAGAGGGAAGAACUUAGAAUCUUAGUGGGAACAAAUCUCGUACGACUUAGUCAACUGGAAUCUGUAACACUGGAUAAAUAUAAAAAGCUUGUACUGCCAGGAAUCUUGGAACAGGUGGUUAGUUGUAGGGAUGCGAUAGCACAGGAGUAUCUUAUGGAGUGUAUAAUUCAGGUCUUUCCCGAUGAAUUUCAUUUACAAACAUUGAAUGCAUUUCUGAAAUCUUGUGCGGAAUUACAAAACGGAGUAAAUGUCAAAAACAUAAUUAUAUCGUUGAUCGAUCGCCUAGCAGCCUUUAGUCAACGAUCCGACGGUGUAGGAGGACCUGGUAGUCCCAGUCAAGUGCCAGGAAUUCCACAAGAUGUCAAACUUUUUGACGUAUUCAGCGAUCAAAUAGCAACUAUUAUACAGACAAGACAAGAUAUGCCCUCCGAAGAUAUUGUGUCUCUUCAAGUAGCUCUCAUAAACUUAGCACAUAAAUGCUACCCCGAUCGAGUAGAUUAUGUAGACAAAGUCUUGUUCACAACAGUUCAAAUAUUCCAAAAACAAAAUGUUGAUAAGCUGGAGUAUAAUAGUGCCGUUUCAAGAGAAUUAGUGAGAUUAAUGAAAAUCCCUGUAGACAAUUAUAAGAAUAUAUUAACUGUGCUUAAGCUUGAACACUAUGCGCCUCUCUUGGAUUACUUUGAUUAUGAGGGCAGGAAAUCACUGGCUAUAUAUAUAAUAACAAAUAUUUUGGAGAACGAGACAUUGAUACCGAUGCAAGAACAAGUGGACGCAGUGCUUUCCAUGGUGUCUCCCUUGGUGCAAGAUCAAUCAGAUCAACCCAAUAUAGAAGAAGAUCCCGAAGACUUUGCCGAGGAGCAAGGAUUACUCGGCAGACUAAUACAUCACUUUAAAUCGGACACACCGGAUCAACAAUAUAUGAUAUUAAGCGCUGCGAGAAAGCACUUCAGUGCUGGCGGUAACAAAAGAAUAAAAUACACUCUGCCGCCCAUAAUUUUCCAAAGUUACCAGUUGGCCUUUACAUAUAAAGCAUUGAAGGAUCAGGAUGAAAUGUGGCAAAAGAAGUGUCAAAAAAUCUUUCAAUUUUGUCACACGACUAUCACGGCUUUGAUGAAAGCUGAAUUGGCCGAACUACCCUUGAGACUAUUUCUGCAAGGUGCAAUAGCGAUUGGCGAAAUUCGCUUCGACAAUUUUGAGAUGGUUGCUUAUGAAUUUAUGAGUCAAGCGUUCUCAAUAUACGAAGACGAAAUAAGUGACUCGAAAGCGCAGCUCGCGGCAAUUACCUUAAUCAUCGCUACGUUCGAACAAAUGAGCUGUUUUGGCGAGGAAAAUGCGGAACCUGUACGCAAUCAGUGUGCUUUAUACGCCAGUAAAUUGCUGAGAAAACCUGAUCAAUGUCGAGGAGUCGCCACUUGCUCGCACAUAUUUUGGUCGGGAAAAUCCCUGGCUACAGGCGGGAAAGAGAUGCAAGAAGGCGGUAAGGUGUUAGACUGCUUGAAGAAAGGUAUCAGAAUAGCAAGCCAGUGCAUGGAUACAUCGGUGCAAGUACAAUUAUAUGUAGAACUGCUGAAUCAUUACAUUUACUUCUACGAGAAGGGAAAUACAGCUGUGACUGUGCAAAUAUUAAAUCAAGUAAUUGCAAAAAUUAGGGAGGAGCUUCCUAAUUUGGAGGCGAGUGAGGAAACCGAUCAAAUACAGAAACAUUUAGCAAACACAUUAGAACAUUUAAGAAAUAGAAUGGAAUCGCCGGACUCUGAUGGACUUUCUUAUCAAGGCCUUGUCCUUUAACGACGCAAAAUUUCUGUAAUUUUGUACAUAAAAAUAUUUUAGGAUAGAUUAGAUUGGUUAUUAUAACAACGAUUCUAAUUAGCUUAAUCUCUCCGUCAUCACUGCAGCAGCAAUCUGCAAACGAAUAGCAGAUCAUUAAUUCGGAAUCAGAUAACAGUGAUUGUUGUUGCAACUUAGAUUUAUAAUUGUACGAUUAUUUCUUAACUCACAAAUGUAGAUGUUUAAAUUGUAUCAAAUUGCCUAUGUGAGAUAAUUUGUUGAUGAUGUAUCAAACGUAUAUAUAUAUAUAUAUUAUAGUAUAAUUAUAUGUAUACUUGUUUUA